AUGCGAGGACUCCGCCGACUCCCGUCGCUGCUGCUGCCGUCGGCGGCCCGCCGUUUUCUCACGCCCGGCGAGGACGACGCGCUGUGGGCGAACAUGCGCCUCGUGCUGCGCCGUCACGGGGCCCUGCCGCUGCCGCGGGUGAGUGCGCUGCUGAGCGACGAGGUGCUCGAGUUGAUGCCGGCCGUCGCCGGGGGGCUGCGGCGGUACGUCCUCGACCGGCCCGCCCGCUUCGCCGUCGCCGUCCUCCCCGGCGGCGUGACGGUCGUCAUGUUGGCGGCCGAACUGCGCCGCGCCGGGGAGAACGCCGGCACCAUCGCCCACGUCUUGGCCAACAUCGCCGUCGCCCCACAGCAGCAGAUGAGCAUUGCGCAGCUCUUCCGCGCCAUCCCAACACUGGAGCAGCGAAAGUUGGGGAGUGAACGGCGGUUGGAGGCACUGCUGCUGCAACAUCCAUCGCUCGUCACAGUUCACGACGGUAUCGUGCGGGCUGCUCCCACAACGUAUAUGUCACGAAAAGGUAUUUUGUCUCCACCACCAGCACCACCGCCACCCUCAUCACUCUUAGGGCAACAACAACAGCAACAACAACAUCAGGGACGUAUAGGGAGGGAGGUAAAGUCUCUGCCAGAGGCACCAUCUAUUGUAGGCUCUCUCACAGAUGAUCCAAAACUCAAUAAAUUACUUAUUCUUCUUCAAAAAACAGUUCCUUUUUCUCAUUAUAUUCCUUUACGUUCUUUGUUACGAAUGUCACGAAGUUCCAUGUGUUUCUCCCCUGGAAUGCCCGUAGAGGAGAUUUUAUCAGAGUUACAACGGGUACCAGCAACAUCGUUAGACUGUCGUGUUAUUGGAGAAGAAAUGGAUGAUGUGUUUUUACGUAUGGUAGACGCUGAACGUCGUAUUUUUGUAAAUGAUGAAUCUACGAUUGAUAUAAAAUAUUCAGUCCUGCGACUCGGACCAUUGUUGCUAAAUGCAUUCCGCGUUUACGCUGCUGAAAGUCCAGAAAAUAGACGUAAAUUACAAUCUGGAAUUGCUAUGGCAGAUCUUAAAGAUAUUUUACCAUCUGAUCUUAUGAAACAAUUAUACCUAUAUGAAACGAAACAAAAGGAUGCGGCAUGUAUUUUCAUUUUUGAUCGUCUUCGUCACUUGUUUGAUGUUAACAUGAAUGCUUAUAUGGUGCGUCCAUGGGAGGUGCUAGGGGAAGAUGGACAACCUUCUAGUUUAACUUGGCAGACUACACCAGUACCUGUUGUACUGCGACACAGUCUUACAGCACUAGCUGAAAAACCACUUUCCCCAGAAAAAUUUUUAGCUUCAUUACCUAAAAAUUCUCGAGAACAAAUGCAGUUGGCUUAUCCUACAGUGGAGGCCUUUGUAGCUAAUCACUCGUUGUACUUGCUUCUAAAAGAUGGUCUUGUAUGGACACCUUACCUUGCGGCAGCUUCUCAAGGAGCGCGUGUUCCCUCCGCUGGUCGUACCAUCGUUUCUGGGCGUCACUUAACUGAAUCUGCUAAGGCGCAAAUGUUGAUGGAAGCGUUACCAAAGGAUCACCCUGUGGAGUGGAACCGUUUUCGUGGACAUUCCACAGUGCGAGAUCUGCCGUUUUCUGUUUUUAGUAUUAAACCAGAUUUCUUUGAUAAACAUCGUGAAUAUUUUCGAGUCUACGAAGUCUUGGGUUGCCAUAAAUUAAUUGUGGGUCGUAGGGAUGGCAAUCCUCCACCAGCGCAUUAUCUUCAUUCACCAUGUAACUCCUUGGCGGAUCUCGUACGACAGAUGGCACUUUUCUCUAUUGGUGGAGCACAAGAAUCAAGUAUAAUGAAUCUUCUCUCCAAAGAGGCUCGUUUAAUGGUACGUCGAUAUGGUACAUUGGAACAAAUUGCACGACAACUACCUAUGUGGUUUCAUGUUCAGAAUGAACGACAAGAACAGGGAAGUGCUAUUAUUUCUUACAUUGUCACAGAUACGCCUUCACAUGAAGCACACGAUAAACCACAGCGUGGGGAAGAGUAA